UGCUUACUUUUCUUUUAGAACUUCCAAAUGUCUACGAAACGUCACCAAGAUCAUUCAAAGCGGGACAUGGCUGCAAGGAUCAUUCAGAAGGCCUGGAAAACUUUCCUUAAUGUUUCCGUGUUCCAGCAUUUUAAAAGUCUGAUUGACUUACGAAGACAAGGGGAGCCUCGCCAGAUAGUGAAGUACAUUAACCCUAAAGAGGCAGAGCUCCUGGAUGCUGCUGCUGGCGUCCAAGUCCGAUUCAGACUGGGCGGGGUUAAGUUUCCACCUGAGAUAUACUAUAAAAUUUUUACUCACAGACAUAUCGAAGAUCUGUGUGCUAACAGCCCUCGAGAUUACACAAAGCUUCCGGCAAGAUACGCAUCUCAUAACAAAGACGAUCCACCUCAGGUGGAGGACAACAGUGGCUGGUAUCGCCGCAUAGAGAACAAUGGCUGGAGGCCUGUCUCCUAUAGAUUUUGGAUGCCAACUGAAAAUGAAGUGUUGGAGAGCACAAAGGAAAGCGAAUUUCAUUUCUCCAAACUGAAGAGAAAGCAAGAUCUGGAAAAGAAAAGAAAAAUUAAAAAAAUUGAGUGGAUGAGGCAAAUGUACUACCUGGGCAGCCUGGAGGCCAAGGUAACAGACCGUGAGACACUAGUUCUAAUCCACAAAGCAACAAAAGGCCUAAUCAAGAGUAUCGAAGAUGGCGGAGUGGACUCUGUGAUGGAAUGGGAAGUCGAUGAAGUGCUGAACUGGACAAACACGCUCAACUUCGAUGAUUAUAUCGCAAGUUGGAGAGAAACUGCUACAAGCAACUCUUCAGCUUACCUAAAAGAUGUCAAGCUUCAACGAAUACAGAAGAGCCUACAGAGAAAGAUCUAUGAGGAUGAAACAAAGGAGCCAGAGGAGAAAAUAUAUUAUGAUAGUGAUUUCUAUGAAAAUGUUUAUAUAAAACUUUAACACCUGGUUCCAUGUUUGGCAGAUAAAGAACCAUAAAGAAUUUCCUUUUCUCAGCAAUGGCCCAUCAAGCCCACUUCCCAGUGAAAGCCAAAAGCUACUUAUUGUGACUACAACGACUUGUGUACGUAUUACUUAUAGUUAAGGAAUACUGAAGAAAUACUACCCUGGACAAUGUAUAGUUUCUCCUGGCAUUCUGAGAAACUGUAGUUGUUUGACAGUUAUACUUAAAAUAAAGAUACUUUUUUGGGGAUUAAAAA